CGUCCCGGGAAGGUGCAGAGCCAGGCCGCGCCCCAAAGCCAAAGCCGCGCCAGCCUGGGCGACCUCAACGCUGCGCCAUGCCGGUGACCGUCACCCGCACCACCGUCACCACCACCACCACGUCGUCCUCCGGCCUGGGCUCCCCCACCAUCGUGGGGUCCCCGCGGGCGCUGACGCAGCCCCUGGGCCUCCUGCGGCUGCUGCAGCUGCUCUGCACCUGCAUCGCCUUCUCGCUGGUGGCCAGCGUGAACGCCUGGGCGGGCUUCAUGGCCAACUGGUGCAUGUUCACUUGGUGCUUCUGCUUCGCCAUGACGCUGGUCAUCCUCCUGGUGGAACUCGCCGGGCUGCAGGCCCGCUUCCCGCUGUCCUGGCGGAACUUCCCCAUCACCUACGCCUGCUACGCCGCCCUCUUCUGCCUCUCGGCCUCCAUCAUCUACCCCACCACCUACGCCCAGUUCCUGCAUCACGGCACCACCCGGAACCACGCCAUCGCCGCCACCGCCUUCUCCUGCAUCGCCUUCGUGGCCUACGCCACCGAGGUGGCCUGGACUCGGGCCCGGCCCGGAGAGAUCACGGGCUACAUGGCCACCGUGCCCGGGCUGCUGAAGGUGCUGGAGACCUUCGUGGCCUGCAUCAUCUUCGCCUUCAUCAGCGAGCCCGGCCUGUACCAGCGACACCCGGCCCUGGAGUGGUGCGUGGCCGUCUACGCCAUCUGCUUCAUCCUGGCCGCCGUGGCCAUCCUGCUGAACCUGGGCGAGUGCACCAACGCCCUGCCCAUCCCCUUCCCCACCUUCCUUUCGGGGCUCGCCCUGCUCUCCGUGCUCCUCUAUGCCACCGCCCUGGUCAUCUGGCCGCUCUACCAGUUCGAUGAGAAAUAUGGGGGCAAGUCACGGCGAUCCUACGACCCUUACUGUGGCAGCAGCCACUAUAAGGAUCUGUGCAACUGGGAUCGGCGCCUGGCCGUGGCCAUCCUCACAGCCAUCAACUUUCUGGCCUACCUUGCCGAUCUGGUGUAUUCCUCCCGCCUGGUCUUUGUGCGAGUCUGAGGUUCCCAAAGCCACCCCCUCUUCCUUCUCCCGCCACCCACGGGUGCUUACUCCCUACCCCUCCUCUGCUCUAUC